AUGCAGCAGGGCAGCGUGGGCGGCUGUGACGAGGACACGACCGUGCCCACUGCGCGUGGCAAAUCGCCGAAAAGCAUCGAGGCUUCGAAGGCCGAGUUCGCGAACGAAAGGAACGCCCGCGAAUCGAACAGUCGUGUACGUGUGAAAGUCGAGGUUCCAGAAUCGACGGAGGUUUUCGAGGUGAAGCGUGAACCGCAGGAUGAGUACCAUCCCCUGCAACCGGACUAUCAGUACGACAGAAAGACGAUGGUUCCUCCGAAGAUCGACGGCAAUCCUGAGAUGCCUGGUCAGUGUCAAGCCCAGCAUCAAGGAUACCGUCCAAUGACAAGCGGCCUCCCGAAUUCCUAUGGAUUCCCGCACUUCUACGGAUCAUCAGCGAUGCUGCCACCACCGUUUCCUAGCGUGAGACCGUCUCCUGAUAGAUCGAUGGGCAAAAUAGAGGAGCACGAGCACGAACAGGAACGAUUGAGAGUGUCCAGUGUCCAUGGUGAUGGUUCUUUCCUUCAUCACGAGCAUCAUCGGUUCGAGAUCGGUGAUUACCAUCAUGGAAAACCACCUGGAUACACUGGACUGCCUUAUCCUUCGUUUCGACCGUCUAUGCAGCAACGCCCGGCCUAUAUGGGACAUCAAAACAACAGUUACAGGGCCGCUCAGUAUCAGAACAGGCAACGAAAAUGGAGCAGCGCUGCACUUCGUGGAUUUCAUCCAGCGAUGCCGUGGCCGACGUGGUUCUUCCGACCGGAAAUCCCCCUUGGCGCACCGCUGCCUACCACUCACGUGUCGAACGCCAGCACUGUCCCAACAUCGUCUCCUUUAUCAUCCAGGACACACUCGGAGUUGCCCAAGGCUCCGGACUUCAUCGAUGGCAGCAAGAUACACGGGCAAACUCCAACGAUAUGCACGUCUAUCAGAUGUACCAUCAACGGAUGUACUUGCGACUCCUUCACCCCGGGAAAACGUCACAUCCGGUACUGCGACAAAUGCCACCACGGCUGGGUACCCCACGAUAGUUUCUAA